AUUAACGACAUCGAAGUUUUGACAGCUCUAUCGCGUGGCUGUGUGUGCAUCUUUUUCAAGGCAAAAAGAAAAACAAAAAGCAGUACGCCAAUCUGCAAUUUAAACAAAAUCCAAACAAUUGCUGUGGGCAGUGAGGCACGCGUAACAACGGUAGCAUUCGUAAAGCUGCAUUUGCAGCAGCAACAGCAUCAGCAGCUGGGCAGUAGCAGCGCAACAACAACAACAAAGAGCUGUUGGCAGCGACGUCGGCUGAGCGCUGGCUGCGGGCAAAGAAAGGAAAACCGAAAGCCAGAGAAGGCGAAGAACGCCUCAAAAGAAAGUGAAGUGAAGUGAAGUAAAGUGCGAAACCCACCACACACACAAACGCAGAAACCCGACUUUUCAGGCCUAGCUCGGCCGCUGCGAUUGCAACGGUAUUUGUCUUUUUGUUUUUCGGUUCGCCUUCUCUUGAAUUCUGUUGUUUUUUUUUUAUUCGUGUCUUAUUUCGUUCACGCGGCACGUGUGCGAAUAUUUGUACACUUUCGGUGUUUUUCUUUUCUUCUGCACACAACAAAGUGAAUACUUGUUGCAGAGUGCCACGCCCUCCCCUCUCCUCAGUCGCCAGCGAUCGAAAGCAGCGGCUGAGCGCAAGAGCCAGUGCCAGUCCCCGCGCCCGCUCCCCAAUCCCUUUCCCGUGCCAGCGCCAGAGCGAGAGGUAAAGCACGCAACGGAGAUGGAGAACCAGCAGCUCCUGACUUUGAUGGCCAACACGCCGCGUGCCUUGUACGACCUGUCGCUGCAGGCCCUAAUUGGCAGUAUGGACACCAAGGUGCCGGCGCUGGACAGGAUCAGUCGACUGCCGGAGUUACCGCGCAACCUGCUCAUCGAUGCCUACGAAAUGAUGUCACAGAAGGAGUUGUUGAAGGACACCUUACUGGAGGAGCUGUCCUGCUUAGAUGUCUUUUUGCGACUCGUUCGCUAUGCACCGGCCCGCAGCAAACUGUUGCGUAUUGUGGCCUCAUUGAUGGCCAGCAAUAAGCUGAUAGCCAGCCGCCUAUCCGAAGCCUUUGUCUCCCGCUACAGUGUCCAGGCCGAUGAGGAUCAAUCGGAUCAGGAGGCACAGGCACAGCAUUGGCUUGGCCAAUAUCAGAAUCAGAAACAGAAUGAGGAAAGCGAAAACCAACAGCGGGACUGCAGUAUGCACAUAUAUGAUGGCGAGGAUACUAACAGUAACAGUGCCGCCUGUCCGACGAGUGAAAGGAUUGCUGGUGAUGAGGAAAACCAAAGCAAACUUAAUGUGAUCGUUCCCGCCGCCGCUGCCGAUGAAGCCUUAGAAGAGGAGCUACCCGUCGAGGAGCUGCAGGCCAUUGAUCUGGGCCUGCGCCUUGGCUCCUUCCUGUCGGAGGCAGGUUGGAUGCAGGAGAGCAUAUCUGUAUUGUCGUGCCUCAAUGCAAGACUGAAGCACCUGCCGCGCCACAGACACUGGCUCGUUAUGCGCCUGGACUGCCUGCAGCGCCUCCUUUAUGCCGAAUCGGCGCACUGCAACUUUAAGCUGGCAAAACGCACCUAUGACGAGCUCAUCUCACUGAAUCACCUGUUGAGCAACAAGGUGCCACAAGAGCUGAUCGCCAUGACCUAUAGCCAGAUAUCGGUCAUGUACUUUGCCCGCAAUGAGUACAACUUUAGCCACAAGUGGAGCGGUCUGGCCAUGCGCAUGCUGAAGGUGUCAGCGCCGCCGCGCAUUGCCAUCGAUGUGCUGCGCCAGGCGGCCAAGGCCUGUGUGGUUAAGCGGGACUUUGCCCGGGCCAAUCUGCUCAUAUGCCAGGCGCUGCGACGGGCUCGCACACACUUUGGGCCAACGCAUCAGAAAUACGGCGAUACCCUCCUCGACUACGGUUUCUUCCUGCUGAACGUAGACUCUGUAUUCCAAUCGGUGAAGGUCUACAAGGAGGCCCUGGCCGUUCGACGCGGCAUCUUUGGCAAUAUGAACUUUCAUGUGGCAAUUGCCCAUGAGGAUUUGUCGUAUGCCUACUAUGUCUAUGAAUAUAGCACCGGUGACUUUAGCUGUGCCCAGGAUCAUGUCGAUAAGGCUGUGAAAAUCAUGAAGGAUCUGGUGCCGAGCAAUCAUCUCAUGUUGGCAUCCGCGAAGCGUGUCAAGGCUCUGCUGCUGGAGGAGAUUGCGCUGGAUAAGAUGGCCGAUGGUAUGGAUGAAGAGGAUUUGCUAUUGCAAUCGGAGGAGCUGCAUAAUUUUGCAUUACUACUCUCGCUGGAAACAUUUGGCGAGGUGAAUGUUCAGACAGCCAAACAUUAUGGUAAUCUGGGGCGGUUGUAUCAGACAAUGAAUCGAUUCGAGGAAGCCGAACGUAUGCAUCAGAAGGCGAUUAAAAUUAAAACGGAUCUGCUGGGCGCCUUUGACUAUGAGGUGGGCCUGUCCAUAGGCCACCUGGCGUCGCUAUAUAAUUAUCAAAUGAAAAAGUAUCACGAAGCCGAGAAGCUUUACCUGCGCAGCAUCGAUAUAAGCCUGCGCCUGUUUGGUCACUCGUAUUCUGGUCUGGAGUAUGAUUAUUUGGGCCUGUGCCAUGUCUACGAGGUGCUGCACAAUUUCGAAAAGUAUUUGCAGUAUGCGCACACCCUGGAGAACUGGCAGAUACUCCGGGGCCAGAAUAUCACACAAAACAAGUCCAGCUAUCCGGCCAUCGAUGAGGACUAUUCCAUAGAGGAGGUCAAGACCAAGUUCUUCAGCAUGUGUGUCUGCAAUAAUACCGCCACCAGCAGCAGCAGCAGCAGUCCAUAGAAACCCCAAGUCAGGCUCAACAAAAAAACAUACAAAUUUGGGGAGUGUGUAGAGUGGAAGAGAGAGAACAAGUCUCGGUGGCGGCAGAUAUUCGUUUUUGCAACGUUUUUUAUUUAAUAUAUUGUUCGUUUUUUUAAGCUUCAAAAUAUCCAAUUAGCAAAUAUUAAUAUUCAGUAAGCUGAGAUGAUGUUUACUUCUUGUUCCCCACAUCGAAUACGUCCAGACCCAGUCCCCCCCAGUCCUGCUCGUCCACCCUAGGCUUAGAAUAGAGACGUUGAUGCAAAGUUUAGCGAUUUAGUAGUAGUAGUUGUUAGAAGGACCGAGAGUUGGGCUACGCGUGGCGCUUUCCUCUAUCUAAAAUAUCUUAAAUUCUACUCCCAAUUUCAUUCAAUUUUUAACAUUUUUUUUGCGAUAAACUCAGAAAGAUUUAUGAUUUAUCUCCUGCCUUAUGAAUGUGAUUCAAAGGGGUCACCUGUUUGUGUUUUCUAGGUUCACUAAAGUUAAAAGAACAGAAUAGCAAAAAGUGUAUAGAUUAUAGAUGCAUCCAAGCGAUAUCUAAAAAGUAUUUUCCUGCCGCAGCCGCUAAAGUUUGAUGGAGAAGCGAACAAGCACCACCAACACCACCACACUCAACACACACACACACUCACAGCUUCCAGUUAACAAAAGGUAUAUUAAAGAUUAAAUAACAUAAUAUAUAUAUAUAUAUAUAUAUACUAUAAAUUUAAAUAAAUAAAUGUGUAUGGAGUAACCGACAAUUUAUACCAAUUAACAUUUGCUACGCAGACGUAGUCCGGAGACAUACUUAUGAUACUUUUUUGUGGCAUUACUUAGCAAUAAUAUGUAAGUCGUAAGUGCGAGCCGAAAGCGUUGUAAAUC